CAUUACUUCCGCUAAGCUUGUCACUUUCUGAAACAGAUGAACUAAGGCACAGUGUUCAAGCGUUUAGAAUCCGCGUAUCAUCAAAUUUCUCAUCCCACAAAAGAAACCCACAACAUUAUCAGCAGCCAUGGAUUCACCAGCCCAGCAGUCAGUCAUAUGUGAGGUGUGUGGGACGUACUUUGAGACACGAAAAGGGCUCUCCAGCCAUGCACGACUCCAUCUACGGCAGCUCGGUGUGACGUUGUCAGAAAGCAGCGGAGCUCCCAUUGAACUCCUCUACCAGCUCAUGGAGGAGAGAGGAGGCUCUCUUCCUGACCUCAACGCAGAUUCCUCUGCACCCGGGCCAGCCCCUCUCAAAAUGACACCCCAGAAGGAGUCCAGGACCCCGUCAGCGCCAGAGGACAGGAGUGACUCCUUUAAAGCAGCGAAUAAAGUGAUGACAACUCCACAAAAGAUGGAUCAUCAGGGAUCUCCAGUCAGACCGAAGGAGUCACCGAUCCCUCUCCUCCCUUCAUCCCCGCCUGGUCUUCAGAAGAUUGAGUCCAGAACAAGUGAAGGCAGCAGCUCCUCUUCUGUAGAUCUUAAAAUCAUAUCCAAGCCGCUGUGGGCGCCACUGGAAACCGACGCUCCCAUCACCUUAGACACCAGCAACGAGGUCCACGUGUGCCAACUCUGUGGCUGCUGGUACGGGACACGCAAAGGCCUCUCUACCCAUGCUCGGGCCCAUCUGCGCCAGAUUGGAAUCCCCGACAGCGACAUCAAGGGGAGCCCUAUCGAAAUGCUUUACCAGAUCAUGGAGGAGGAAGACCUCAAGCCCAUCAGCAGCGAUCAGCGGAAGGAGCCCACCUCAAACACUCCCCCUGGAUCCUCCGUCAAACGUACCAGCCAGCUGCCCUCUCCACCUGCAUCUCCACCCAGCAAACGACCCAAACCAACAGAGGACUUUAUCUGUAUUCUGUGCGGGGAGAAGUUUGACAGUCGUAAAGCCCUGGCUAUCCACGCACGCGCUCACCUGCGUCAGAUCGGAGUGGUUGACCCAACGGGGAAAAGCUCUUCAAUCGACACUAUCCAGGAACUGGUCAGCAGUGGCAUGCUUGAAGCCAUACACCCUCCAAAAACAAACAGCACAACCACCAGCUCAUCUGCACCUCAGUCUCCAGCCCCGUUUCCCUCCACAUCUCUCACCUCAAGCCCUGUAAAGCUCCCUCAGUCUCCGGUUAACAAGGCCCCAAAGGCUAAAAAAGGCUUUCGGCUUGCAGUGGACCCCCUUAACAGGAAGCCAAAGCCAGAGCCUGUGGAGUUUGAGGUGUCUGAUCAACUGAAGGAGUCCAGCACAAACAGCAGCUCUCCCCUGCAGAGAUCACCAGUCGCUUCAAAGCCUCUCAUUGCAGUGUCCCCCACAGACGAACAGUCGCCGCCAACAGUCCUUUGUGAUUUCUGCGGCCAGUUGUUUGACACCCGUAAAGCCCUGUCAUGCCACGCCCGCGCCCAUCUGCGUGCGCUCGGCCUCAGCUGGUCGAUCAAAACAUCGCCGAUCGAUCUCCUCAAAGAGGUCAUGAUGCGUGGUGAAGAAGGCAAGAAAGUGUCCACUGGGUCGUCAGGCAAAGCCUCGUGGACCCCUCAAGGCUCCAGGAGGUCCCUCGACAGCCUCCAGUCUGGGGAAGCACCUGCCAACCCCUCCACCUCCCCUCUGGACUACUCCAUGAAAGAGAAAUCCCCGUCUGGGAAGAGUGGAGCCUCACACCCCGACGCAUCCUGUGAGCUUUGCGGGUUUGAAUUUGAAAACCGAAAGGCCUUGGCCAGUCAUGCGCGGGCCCAUCUCCGACAGCUGGGAAUCAUUGAGUGGAAGGCAGAUGGAGCGAGUUCCCCAAUCGAACUCCUCAGUGAGUUGAUCCGGAGGGACCCGGUCAAAGUCGCAGCGAUAACCCGGCGCUAUCGUAUGGGAGACCUUUACAUCAAGAAGUCGCAGAGGGGUGCGUCUUCGCCCUCUCUGUCCACAGACUCGGACUCUGUCCACGGCAGCAGCCUGAAGCAUUUGGCGGGCAGAGAGAGCUCAGCUGCCGGCUCCUCCAGACAAUCACACGGCCACACGCGCACAAACGCAGCCCACAAUGACCCCGGUGUGCGCUCCCCGAGGGGGGUUCAUCCACCAAAACGUGCAGUGCCUGCAGGCGAAGAGAACCAGGACACCAAUUCCCAGCAGCCAUCACGGUCAGGCAGCAUCCCUGCAAUGCUGCCAAAGCCUCCACUAACACCACUGGUCAAACUGGUGGGCAAAGUCUACUCCCUCAAGUGCAGGUUCUGUGAAGAAGUGUUUCAUGGACCUCUGUCUGUUCAAGAGCGCUGGAUCACACACCUGCAGAAACACAUCCUGUCACUGGGAUAUAAAGGCAAAGCAUCUCCGCCUGCUGCUCCAGUGGCAGCUCCAGCACUCGUCCAUCCAGUAGCGGUCUAGUCCACGAAUUCUUUUGUGUAAUUCACACGAAACAAGGUUUUCUAAAGUCACAGCAGUCAAGAAUCAGAGUCUUUAUGUCUAUUUUGAGGUAACAAGUUGUCAAAAGUAGAUGUCCCCUUUUUAUCCUGCAGAGGGCAACCAUGAGCCAUAUAUAUACGGAAAGCAGCAGAACGUGAUCCUCUCAGGUAAAAUCGACCAGAUACCAUAGAUCACAACACGGAUCACUGGAUGCUUUUGUAAAAAAAAAAAAAAAAUGGUUUAUUAGUGCUUUCCUUGUAUGGUUCAUAAUUCCUCCCAUUUGUACAGAUAUUAAAUGUGUUUGAAUGUGAUUUAGUGUUUGUCAUUAACACAUUUUAUGUCCCGAUCGUAACGAUCCUGGUCGAUGAUUUUUUUUUGCUUUUGUCCUACUGAGUAGACUGGUGUGGUCGCAGUUUCACUGUGAUAUUCUGUAUCUCUUUUAUAUGCUUUUGAAUGAAGUCUUGCUAUAUGUUUAUUUUUUUAAUGUUUUACUGUAAAUUUGGGCAGAUUCAAUUGUUUUCUCAAAUGGAAUAUUUUUGAAUAACAAAACACUGUAACAAGAAAUGUAAGACACAGAUUUUGUAUCCAACUUCGUGGAAAAAAAUGUCAUCAGUGACGUAAUUAUCUAAAAAGCAGAGCCGCAACCAUCUUGACCAGAGAGAUACUGUGUUUCUGGAAUUGCCAUUUUCUUCAGGUUUAAUGUGCUGUUUUUCUGGUCUUUUUACUUUUGUUUUUUAUCACUUACAAUGUUAAUUAAACUGUGUCUUGUAUAUAACCA